CUCACUUGUCAUCCCACAACGUGCCGCGCGCAUAUUCGGGGUCGGGAUGUGUCGCAGACAGAGAGAUGUCCGCCGGCCUGUCCGGAGCUUUCCAGGCAGCAUUCGACACUGAAAAUCUCCUGAUUUCUUUUCAACCUUACAUUCGCAAUGCAAACUCGAAAUCGACCCGAAUGCCUGAUGGAUCAGCGGUGUUGAGCUGGAUUCGGGCACAGUGAAGUCAUUCAGAAGAUGGCGACAUAUGCGCAGGGUACCAAGCCGUUAGCUGGACCGGUUCCUGGCCAGCCCGUUGGCUUGAUGGACGGUCCCGAAUCACAGUCAACUCAAGAGACUGGCUCUACAUCACUCGAACUUUGCAGAUACGAAAAAGGUCAGAGCACAGAAGAAGAAGAGCGGAGUCGAAGUUUUGCUCUCAUUCAAAGAAUCUCCGAAAAGCACCGCAUCGAGAAACAGGCAUCGCGAAAUCAACCAAAAUCUAGAGAGCUACAGCAAUAUCUUGAUGUCCUAAAAGAUGCCAUUCCAAGACUGCCCGACAAUAAUCUACUCCCUGGGCCUGAGAUGCCGACGAUUACCUUCAGUCGGCCCCGACUAUCUUAUCCGAUCAUCAUCAAACAACGAUUAUCCGGGAUAUCAUCACCGAAGUUUUCGCGAACUUACCCCUCUGGCUUGCAAAAUUGCGGUAUUGGAAAGAAGGACUUCUUGAGAUUCAUAGACGACGUGAACCGAGUAGACGAGCCAUCAGGAUCACCAGGCGACCAUGUAAUGAAUAUGGAUGGCUUCGCCGGCAUGACGGCCCUCACCACAUCGCAUCCGAUGUUGCUUUCAAUGGGAAUUGGUGUGGCGUCCUACUAUGGGAAAAAUACACCGAGACGAAGCGCAAUCAGCGAAAUUUUGCGGAAGGCGAACAACGAGCUUUUCUAUCCAAGGGGUCUCGUUUGCGUUCUUGUCCCAUGUCGACGGGCAGAGCCGAAGGAGGCUAAUAAGACACCUGUGAGAGGAGGUGCAGCAGCAGCAUCGACAAACCCUACGGAUCGAGGCCGGGAGAAGAAAAUAAAACUGCGGCAAAAGACAGUGGGAAGAUUGAGGGAUAACAAAUGGCCGGUACUCUCCCAAUUCGAAUUCUUGGAUGCGCACAAUUCUCAUCCGAACUCAGACGGUAAGCGGCCACCUCUGAGGCAGUCGCACCGAUCAAGACGAGGGGGAAAUGCUGGCAGCGAAAGCGGGGAGAAGAGAGGACUUGGGCAAGUGAUGAAGGAGCAUCACGAAAACGAAAACAUCGUCGAGGGCCGGCUGCGACAGUCCACAUCAAGAUGCGCAAACUCGAAGCAUCCAGCAAGGAUGGAGGAUGAAACAAACUCUCUGAGUAGCAACAAAGCUGCCAUAUGGGAUUCUAUUUGGAACCUGUCUUCAAAUUCUGGAUUUGCUCCGGAAAAGGUUGAAGUCGGGAGCCUGCCUGCCGAUUUCUUUACCGCCGAGACGGAUGAGGAUGCGGCCCACGAGGAGACGCAGCAAACGGAAUCAAAAUCGAAGUACAUUAGUACUUUCUUAGAGCAUCGAGCUCCAAGUCAGGGAAGACUUUGAGUUCAGUAAGAGCCUUCUUGCAAGGCACCGUGGUACUGCCUGACGCUUCCUUGCACCACACACUGUAUCUCAUGAUAGGGAAUUCCCUUGAAGAAGUUGACGAUGCCAACUAGGACGCCCGCAUUCAUGGGAGAGCAUUCGGGCUCAGGUUAACCUUGCGUGAGAAGAGCUUUGUGGUUUUAGGCCCAAGGCUUUCUCCAUCACAUUUAGUACAGCCAUAAUCCACCAAGUCAGCUACUACGGCUUCGUUACGCAAGUACACCCACUUGCACUCCACAUCUCGCUGCUAUCUUGAGUACUUAUGCACAAGUCCUUUGCCAAGCCCUAGAUAAUACGGCAUAGGUGGGCUCCUGUGGUGAGAAAUGUCC